ACCCGAUCCCCUCAGCCCCACCGCGGCAGAGGACGCGCCUUGGAUCCUGGUCGCACAGGGCGGCCGAGACUCGAGAGGUUUGGAAAAGCCUUUUGGCCCAGAACUCACUAAGAACUAUUCCAAAAUAGAAGGACAUAAGGAAUGCACUCAGACUAGCUUGGCCUGAAAGUAGGAAGUGAGAAGAGAGUUAUAGACCAGUUGCAUUGAGGAAUGAAGAGCUGCUGUGUGUAUUCACCAAUCUGAUUGACUUGCCCAGGGAGGCUGAAACAUCUAUCUCCAGAAAUGUCUUUGAAAAAUAAAGAGCAAGAUGACCAAUACAGUCCUCCAUCUAGGAUCCAUCUGGAGCAUGAAGAGGAAUCACGUAAUGACUUCCAGCAAUUUGAGACCAGUGAUCAAUGCAGACCUUAUCCUAGGAUCCAUUUGGAGCCUCAAGAGAAACCGGAUACUAACUUCAAGCAACUUGUCAUCAAAAAACUAGAGAAGAGUUGCCAGUGCAGUUCAACCAAAGCCAGAAAUACCGUUUUCGGCUUCCUUCCUGUUUUGCAGUGGCUCCCAAAAUAUAAUCUGAAGAAAAACAUUUUAGGAGAUGUGAUGUCUGGCUUGAUUGUGGGCAUCUUAUUGGUGCCCCAGUCCAUUGCUUAUUCUCUCCUGGCUGGCCAAGAACCUGUCUAUGGUCUGUACACAUCUUUUUUUGCCAGCUUCAUUUAUUUCCUACUGGGUACCUCCCGUCACAUUUCUGUGGGCAUUUUUGGAGUACUGUGCCUUAUGAUUGGUGAAGUAGUUGACCGAGAACUAUACAAAGCUGGCUAUGACACUGCCUACAUUGCUCCUUCUUUAGGAGUGGUUUCAAAUGAGAGCACAUUAUUAAGCCAGACAUCAGGCAAGAUAUGUGACAAAAGUUGCUAUGCAAUUAUAGUUGGCAGCACUGUAACCUUUAUGGCUGGAGUUUAUCAGGUAGCGAUGGGCUUCUUCCAAGUGGGCUUUGUUUCAGUUUACCUCUCAGAUGCCUUGCUGAGUGGAUUUGUCACUGGUGCCUCCUUCACAGUCCUUACAUCUCAGGCCAAGUAUCUCCUUGGACUCAGCCUUCCUCGGAGUAGUGGCGUGGGAUCACUCAUCACUACUUGGAUACAUAUCUUCAGAAACAUCCAUAAGACCAAUAUCUGUGAUCUCAUCACCAGCCUUUUGUGCCUUUUGGUUCUUUUGCCAACCAAAGAACUCAAUGAGCGCUUCAAGUCCAAACUUAAGGCACCUAUUCCUACUGAACUCUUUGUUGUUGUGGCAGCCACAUUAGCCUCUCAUUUUGGAAAACUAAAUGAGAAAUACAAUACCAGUAUUGCUGGACAUAUUCCCACUGGGUUUCUGCCACCCAAAGCACCGGACUGGAACUUAAUUCCUAACGUGGCUGUAGAUGCAAUAGCUAUUUCUAUCAUUGGGUUCGCUAUUACUGUAUCACUUUCUGAGAUGUUUGCCAAGAAACAUGGCUACACAGUCAAAGCUAAUCAGGAAAUGUAUGCCAUCGGCUUUUGCAAUAUCAUUCCUUCCUUCUUCCACUGCUUUGCUACUAGUGCAGCUCUGGCAAAGACAUUGGUUAAAGAAUCCACAGGCUGUCAAAGUCAGAUUUCUGGUGUGGUCACAGCUCUGGUUCUUUUGUUGGUCCUCUUGGUAAUAGCUCCUUUAUUCUAUUCCCUUCAGAAAAGUGUCCUUGGUGUGAUCACUAUUGUAAAUCUCCGGGGAGCCCUACGUAAAUUUAAGGAUCUGCCCGAGAUGUGGAGGAUUAGCAGAAUGGACACAGUUAUCUGGCUUGUUACUAUGCUGUCCUCUGCACUGAUAAGUACUGAAAUAGGCCUGCUUGUUGGGGUUUGUUUUUCUAUGUUUUGUGUCAUCCUUCGCACUCAGAAGCCAAAGACUUCAUUGCUUGGUGUGGUGGAAGAGUCUGAAAUCUUUGAAUCCAUGUCUGCCUACAAGAACCUUCAGGCUAAGUCAGGCAUCAAGAUUUUCCGCUUUGUAGCCCCUCUCUACUACAUAAACAAAGAAUAUUUUAAAUCUUCCUUAUACAAAAAAACUGUCAACCCAGUCUUAGUAAAGGCAGCUCAGAAGAAGGCAGCAAAGAAAAAGACCAAAAAGGAAACAGCAACUCUCAGUGGAGUCCGGGAUGAAGUUUCAGUGCAACUUUCCCAUGAUCCCUUAGAGUUCCAUACCAUAGUGGUUGACUGUAGUGCAAUGCAAUUUUUAGAUACAGCAGGGAUCCACACACUGAAAGAAGUUCGCAGAGAUUAUGAAGCCAUUGGCAUCCAGGUUCUGCUGGCUCAGUGCAAUCCCUCUGUGAGGGAUUCGCUGGCCCGGGGAGAGUACUGCAAAAAGGAAGAAGAAAACCUUCUCUUUUAUAGUAUAUAUGAAGCAAUGGCUUUUGCAGAAGACUCUCAAAAUCAGAAAGAUAUAUAUGUUCCCAAUGGUCUGAGUUUUUCCAGUGACUGACUGAGAAAGUAAAUAGGAGGAAGAAUACUGUCUAGCUCCAGAGGUUAAAAUUUCAAGUUUUUUAACAUUUUAUACUAUGGAACUGGAAAUUGUUGCACACUAGAAAUUUUAACCUUUUGGCUCGACAGAAUUCUUCCUUUGAAACUGAUGGACUUUGUAGAUACACAGAUGCAGCAGAGCUUUUAGUUAGGCAGAAUCAAAAAGAAGAAAAUAUUGUGCUUUGAAGCUUUCUUGCAAAUAUGAGAUAUUCUUGGAAUUAAAUAAAUAUCUAUUGAAUUGAACUGUAAAGUAGCCCCAAAACUUAAUUACCAUCCUGUUUUAGGAGAUUUGCAUCUGGACUGUUCCUUCUCCAGGAGGUAAAGGGGUAAAGUUGGCAUUUACAUGAGAAGUGCUGGAGCCUGUUUGGCAUGGCUCUUUGGAGAGGGAGUAGAAAGGAAGUAGGGAGAGAAUGUUGUGUGUGCUCUCCUAACAGCAGGUCAAGAGGCUUCUGGGGUACAGGGUAGUAACUAGACAAGCUUGUUCUCACUUGUAAUUCUCUAUUCCCUGGCUUUGCCCCCCAGAUGGCAGUCGGAUCUCUGGCUUUUAAUAAGAAAGCACCAUUUCUCUCGGGCACAGUCUUAUCAGGAGUCUGAUGGCUGAGCAGGUUUGUGAAAUCCUACCAGCCAGCCCCAUAUUAUACAGAACGCUCUUGGUGAUACAUUUGAUGUUUUUAGUCAGCGUUUUUGUUUAGGGUAAGUAGGUAAGAAAAGAGCUCUUCAUAAUCAUCCAACAUAAUGAGAAUCCCCUCUGUCUCUUCUGUGAUCCCUAUCUGUCCCUGUUUCUGAGUAUUUCUCUACCAUUAAGCUCUGUUUUAACUUUCAGUCAUUUAGUGUGUUUCCCAUGGAAUCUGUCCUAAACUGCUAUGUCUGAUUACCAGUGAGUGAUGAGUUUGCCAGAGAAAAGGCAAAAUGCUAACUCAGCAAUUUUAUGUAGCCUUUUAAAUGAGCUUGAGGCAAACUGUUCAGGACAAAUUACAAAAAGGAAUGAUUGACAGCUUCCCUUAAGACUUUGUUUAUUUAGCAGUGAAUUUUUUUUCUUUCCCAUUGUAUUUUAGCAAGGGUCAGCUGGGAAUUGACAGUCUUUCUCAUAUUUGAGAAGCUGCUAUUCAUCUUUACUCUGCAAGAAAAAUUUAUUAUAACCAAUGGAAAAGAAUGCAUAGAAGUGAUAAGAGUGCUUCCAAAAGAACAUCAAUAAUUGUAGAUGUUUUAGUGAAACAAAGCUAAUGCUUACUGCCAUGUACCCUAUUGAUGUACAAUAAAUAUGGAUGACAGUGACAGCGUUUAACUCUUUAGGCCACCUCAAACUAUUAUGUAAGAGAGUUUAGAAGCAUCACACUUAAACGACCUAAGUUCUGUGGGUGUAUUAUUUAUGAUAGCUGGUCACAGGUUUUGGCCCAGAAGUACUUCCUUUUGAAAAGCAAGUAUGUCUGACAUUGAAAGCUUAUAGUUCUGUAUCUGUACUUUUAAGGGUGAGGGGAAAAAAACAGGUUUUCCAAAGUUAGGACUAGGAGACUAGUUGAUGUGAACUUGAAACACUUAGCACACCAUUUUAAACAAACAAGAUAAAAAUUGCAAAAGUGAAAAACCAUUUUUAACCCACUCCUACAUUCUAAACGGUUUAAAUAUUUAUAAGAAGCAAAGCCUAUGUGUAGGGCAUCUAUUGGAGUGGAAGACUUUGAACCAUCUUUCUUGCUGGCUCCAUAAACUCCAAGUGUUGCUUUUUUUUUGGUAGAGCUCUGCCCAUCAGUUUACAUGAAAAAUGCCUUUCUGUUAUUAAAACAAAGCAGUUUUCUUAGGAGCUAGAUUUCUGUCUUUGAGGUGAUUGACAUCAUGAUUAAAUGUAAUAGUGUCCUGAGUUUUAACAUCCUUUUAGAACUUAAGUCUAGAAUUUCAGAAAUGUUAACUGUUGUUUGUAUUCGUGUCUUUUGCUUAUUGUUUGUAGCCAGUAUUUGCUGUUUCUCUCCAGUCUUAUGAAUAGUAAUAGUAAAAUCAGAGUGUCUUGGUUGUCAUUUGUUUUCAACCCCUCUUGUACCUCCCCAAGCCAGGUUUGAAUCCAGAUCAUUGUAGAUAUCCAAUGCCAUGUGACAGAGUAAUGAGUACAUGUUCAAGACGACUCUAUAAUUUAGCAAACCCUACCACAGCAAAACAAAAAAACCCAUAGAAUUUGGAAAAUCUCUUAAAAGAACAGAGUAACAGGGUUUGUCUUUUACCUGCCGUUUCUGUCCAUAAUGUGGAUAUAAGCAAUUCUGGAACUUUAUGCAGUUAGCAGAUUCUUGAAUUGUGUUCUGGUUUGUUCUUCUCCCACCUACCCAAACAAAC